GAUUAACUCCCAACAUUCAUCAAUAGCCUGAAUAAUCAUCAAAUUGUCAUUAUUAUUAUCAUCAUCAUUUGUCGUCCAGCCGUAACAUUCCAUUCCACUUUCUUUUUCUUCCAAUAUUUUUAUUGUUUUGUGAAUUCAUUAUCAUCAUCAUCAUAAUAACCAUCAAUAUUGUCAAUGAUGCCAGCUGUCAGAGGUGAAGGAAUGCGUGGUUUAGCCGUAUUUAUAUCGGAUAUUCGAAAUUGUAAAAGCAAAGAAGCCGAAAUCAAAAGAAUUAAUAAAGAAUUGGCAAAUAUUCGUAAUAAAUUCAAAGGUGACAAAACAUUGGAUGGUUAUCAAAAAAAGAAAUAUGUUUGCAAAUUAUUAUUCAUCUUUCUUCUUGGCCAUGAUAUUGAUUUUGGUCACAUGGAAGCAGUAAAUUUGCUUAGUUCGAACAAAUACUCAGAAAAACAAAUUGGCUUCCUAUUCAUAUCAGUGUUGAUGAAUGCCAACAGUGAUCUAAUGAAAUUAAUAAUUCAAUCAAUCAAAAAUGAUCUAAAUUCUCGAAAUCCUAUUCAUGUUAAUCUGGCAUUACAAUGUAUCGCUAAUAUUGGUUCAAGAGAAAUGGCUGAAUCAUUUGGCAAUGAAAUUCCUCGACUUUUGGUUACCGGAGAUACAAUCGAUGUAGUGAAACAAAGUGCUGCUCUAUGUUUGCUUCGUCUUUAUCGUGAGAUGCCCGAUCUUACACCUAGCAAUGAAUUUACAUCAAGAAUUAUUCAUUUACUAAAUGAUCAACACAUGGGAGUUGUUACCGCUGCCGUUAGUCUGAUCAAUUCAUUAGUGAAUAGAAAUCCGGACGAAUAUAAAGGAUGUAUUUCUUCAGCCGUAUCACGAUUAAGUCGUAUAGUGACUUCUUCUUAUACGGAUCUUCAGGAUUAUACAUACUAUUUUGUACCGGCACCAUGGUUAUCGGUAAAACUUUUACGUUUGUUACAAAAUUAUCCACCACCUGAAGAUGCCGGUGUACGUGGCCGACUAAAUGAAUGUUUGGAAACCAUAUUGAACAAAGCCCAAGAACCAUUGAAAUCGAAAAAAGUUCAACAUUCAAAUGCUAAAAAUGCUAUACUUUUCGAAGCAAUCAGUUUAAUUAUACAUAUGGAUAAUGAGCCAAAUCUAUUGGUUAGAGCGUGUAAUCAGCUUGGACAAUUUCUUCAACAUCGUGAAACUAAUUUGCGCUAUCUAGCUUUGGAAAGUAUGUGCCUUUUAGCCACUUCAGAAUUUUCGCAUGAAGCUGUAAAGAAACAUCAAGAUACGGUCAUCAAUGCACUGAAAACCGAACGAGAUGUAAGUGUACGACAACGAGCUGUCGAUUUACUUUACGCGAUGUGUGAUAAAACUAAUGCUGAAGAAAUUGUUGCCGAAAUGUUAUCAUAUUUGGAAACGGCUGAUUAUUCCAUUCGAGAAGAAAUGGUUCUCAAAGUGGCUAUACUUGCCGAAAAAUAUGCAUCUGAUUAUAGUUGGUAUGUGGAUGUCAUUCUUAAUCUGAUACGUAUUGCUGGUGAUUAUGUUAGCGAAGAAGUUUGGUACAGAGUAAUUCAAAUUGUCAUCAAUCGUGAAGAUGUUCAAGGUUAUGCAGCUAAAACUGUAUUCGAAGCUUUGCAAGCUCCUGCCUGUCAUGAAAAUAUGGUCAAAGUAGCCGGUUACAUUCUUGGAGAAUUUGGUAAUCUGAUUGCUGGUGAUCAACGAUCAAGUCCUUCGAUUCAAUUUAAAUUAUUGAAUUCGAAAUAUCAUCUAUGUUCGGUUGCUACGCGAUCAUUAUUAUUGACUACAUAUAUCAAAUUCAUCAAUUUAUUUCCAGAAAUUAAAGACGAAAUACAAACCGUAUUAAAAAAUCAUACAAAUAUUCGUAGUGCGGAUGCCGAAAUCCAACAACGAACUGUCGAAUAUCUUCAACUCAGUCAGAUUGCUAGUUCAGAAGUAUUGGCCACUGUAUUGGAAGAAAUGCCACCAUUCCCUGAAAGAGAAUCAUCAAUACUUGCAUCAUUAAAGAAAAAGAAACCAGGUAUGACAUCCGAUAAAGUGAAACGUUCGAAUUAUGCUGCAAGUGCAGGCGCUUCCGCAAAUCUUUCCAAUGAUUUAUUGGGUCUUAAUACAACCACUAAUGCCACUAGUGUCGAUUUAUCGAACACAAAUCAAACACAGAACAAUUCAAAUCUUUUGGUCGAUCUUUUUGGUGAUUCGACUACAAUCACCGCCGCACCGGCUGCUAACGGAAUCAAUGGUGGUAAUGUAAAAGAUGUGAUCCACAGUAAUGAAGAAUGUAUUCAAAAAUUAUUAGUAAAAAAUAAUGGCAUACUAUUUGAAAAUUCCCUCAUACAAAUUGGUCUCAAAAGUGAAUACAAACAAAAUCUGGGUCGAAUUAGCAUAUUUUAUGGGAAUAAAACAAAUGAUACAUUUCAGCAAUUUUUGCCAACAAUUACAUGUCCUGAUCUAUUAGAACUAAAUUUGAAUAUUCAGGUAAAACCAGUGGAAAAUGUUAUUGAAAAAGGUGCACAAGUUUCUCAAUCACUUAAUGUCGAAUGUGUCGAUCAUUUUGCAAUAUUGCCAAAGUUAGUGGUACAAUUUGUAAUUAACAAUGUUCCACAUAAAUUUGAUCUACAAAUUCCCAUCACUAUUAAUAAAUUCUUUGAGCCUACUGCAAUGAAUUCCGAACAAUUUUUUCAACGAUGGAAAAAUUUGAACAAUCCCGGGCAAGAAUCGCAAAAAAUAUUCAAGUCUAAUUAUCCAAUCGAUGGUGAAAGCAAUAAAAGUAAACUUAUUGGUUUUGGUUUUCAAUUGCUCGAAAAUGUUGAUCCAAAUCCAGAGAACUUUGUUUGUGCUGCCAUUUUUCACAGCCGUAAAGUUCAGGUUGGUUGUCUGUUAAGGUUGGAACCAAACAAACAAGCUCAGAUGUAUCGAUUAACAAUAAGAUCAAGCAAAGAUGUUACAUCAGCAAGACUUUGUGAAUUACUUCAGGAUUUAUUUUGAAACGGUCUAACACUCUCAUUCUCCCUGUCAUUUUUUUUUGGCGGCACAAUGUUUUUUUUGUUGUGCUCAUUGUUUUUGUGCUCGUUUGAUUGUUAGAGAUUCUCUAUCGUCUUGUCUGCUUAAUAUUUAUUUCAAAAAAAAAAAUCUGGUAUCAACUAUUAUAAAUAAUAAUAAUAAUAAAAGAAUCCAAAC